GAGACAGCUCAGAUGAUUCGGACAAAGGGAUGGUUCUCAAGCAGGACAGCUACACCAAGGACCAGCUGGCCCGCUACAGGGAUCUCGUCGGCUACGAGGACGUUCCGGCCCCCGUUCAGCUGUCGCCCGAGGACUUCGUGAUCAAGGAGACCGAAGUGGCUGCAGAUUUUGUUCGAGCAGCUCAAACGAUGGCUCGCGAGCUUCAGUGGUUGGCCGGGAGAUGUCGCCCGGAGAUCUUGUAUGCUGUGAAUCUUCUGUCUCAGGCCACCAGCAAGAACCACAAGGAGGCGGUUUACCGAGGAGGGCACUUGCUCAAGUGUUUGAAGCGCUACCCGAAAGGCGGCAUCUACUACACGUCCGAUCCACAGCUCACUCCCGAUGCUCGUGUUCAGUCUCCAGGAGUGGUGGUUGAAGGUUUCUGCGACGCUAGCUUUGCCCCGAACUCAGGGCGAAGUCAGCAAACCAUUAUGGUCUUCAUGAUGGGUGGAUUGGUCGUAUGGACCAGCAGUAGACAAGCCUUUGUGACGAUGUCUACCGCGGAAAGUGAAUUGGUGGCCAUUUGUGAAUUUGCGACCUGUCUGAAGUCAGUGGAACACUUGAUCGCGGAGGUGAUGUUGAAGGAUAACAUGAAGGUGAAUGAGGUGAUCAAGGCCAUCCACUCGGACAGCCAGGCGGCGUUGGCGGUGUGUCGAACGGCGGCUGGGUCAUGGAGGACAACACACUUGCGGAUCAGGGGCAGCCUGAUCCGUGAGCUCCUUGAGCAAGCGGACUGGACCGCCCACCACGUUGAUGGUCGCGUGAUGCUAACUGAGCUUGGGGCUAAAGCCUUGUCGGCUGACCGUUUUGGUUUUCUGACUGAUCGAAUAGGCGUGGUGAGAAAGCGCUGCCAGGAGGCCGAGGUGUCUACAGCCAAGUCAGAGCCGGUCAAGAAACUGUUUUUGCUUGUGUGGUUGGCCUCCCUGGUUGAGCAAGCAAGCGGUGCGUCAGCGCCUGAGUCUGAGGCCCAGGACUCCUUCGACUGCCAGUUCUUGCUUGUGUGCAUUAUUGCGGUCAUCGCGGUGUGGGAGUGCUUCAAGGGUGUAGUGGCGACUUUUCGUCUACGUUUGAGAAUGACGCCCCUCGCGGAGGAGUCGACUUGCGGAAGGGAUCCUGGUGAUGAUCCUGCAGUUACCACUUCUGAGGAGGAGAACGAGCCCAGAGCUGGCAUCUCUUCCUCAGCGCCUACAACUUCCCAGGGAAUGCAUCGGCGGAGAACUGUUGUCCCCGCCCCUACGGAGCCCUUGGGCGUGACGAGAGCGACCGGUGACUACAGCGUCCGACCUGCAGUCGGCAAAUGCGAUUAUUGGGAAUGGAAAGAGAAUGUGGUGAUCCGCUGGCACGCCAACCCCAUAGUACAGAUGUUUGUUCCAGGAGCUACAGCAUCCGGUCCCAAGCAGGACCAACUCACCCGGGAGCGCGAAACAUUUGCUCGCUUCGCGGACGGAGAGACGCAGCAUGUCGCCGACAACUACAGAAACCUGCACAAGCCUGCAAGGACCUUGGCAGAUCGAAAGUGGAAGGGUAGAACUGAGCUAAAGCUCGUUCCCGGCGCCCGCGCAGCAGGCAAGUAG